ACGUCAGCGAGUGGUGCAGGAAGAUGGGGCACGAGAGAGAAGAGAGACAUCAGACACGGAGACCGCAAAGGCCAUGAAACGGUAAACACUGGAUUAACACUGGAGGCAGUUAUGAUGCUUUGAUACGUCUUUUAAGAUAUGAUGACAGACAGUCACAGCCAGUGUGUUGGUACACAGCCUGAUCAGACAGCAUGGGGCUCAAACUCAGUGGCAAUAAGGGACAGCAGAGCCACAGGCUGGUGAUCUUUGCGGCCAUCAUCGUCCUGAUGACACUCCUCAUCCUGUAUGGCUCCAAUAACGUCAGUGAUGCUGUUUAUGCUCCCUUCCAUGUGGCUACAAAUUAUGCUAUCAAGGCAACAGAUCUGAAGAAGUGGUCUGGGAAAGACGGCUAUGUGCCUUUUCACGGAAACAAGACUAUGAACCUACAGUGUCAUAACUGUGCGCUGGUGACGAGCUCCAGCCAUGUCCUGGGUACUCGAGCCGGAAAAGAGAUUGACAGUACGGAGUGCGUGAUUCGUAUGAAUGAUGCCCCCACUCUGGGGUAUGAGACUGACGUAGGGAACAAGACCUCUCUGAGGGUCAUAGCCCACUCCAGUGUGUUCAGGGUGGUGCGGAGGCCUAAUGAGUACCUACAGAGGCCAGACAGCAACCCAGUGAUCAUCUUCUGGGGACCCCCAAACAAAAUUGGGAAGGAGGCCAAAGGAACGUUGUACAGGUUGAUCCAGAGGAUCAGCAUGACCUACAGCAACUUGUCUUGCUUCAGUAUCACAGCCAACAAGAUGCGCAAAUUUGACAGCCUGUUUCACAGGGAGACGGGACGAGAUAGGCAAAAAUCUCACUCAUGGUUGAGCACAGGCUGGUUCACCAUGGUCAUAGCCAUUGAGAUAUGUGACAAUAUCAAAGUAUAUGGGAUGGUUCCACCAAACCACUGUGGAAAAUCCAAACCUGGAUCUAAGAAGAUGCCCUACCACUACUACAAGCCCAGGGGUCCUGAGGAAUGUGUGACAUACCUACAGAACGAAAGCGGCCGAAGAGGGAACCACCAUCGCUUUAUCACAGAGAAACAAGUGUUUUCACGCUGGGCAAAGCAGUACAACAUCACCUUCACUCACCCCAACUGGUGAAAGACUUUUGUGAAAACCACAAAGAGAUCUCUCUGCACUCACAGAGGCCCGAUAGAGCACGACAGGAUGACGAACCCAAAUGAGCCAUCAAGAAGCCCCGCUAUUUCCAGGAAAUGCCAUAAGAAUAAAAAUAGGUUUUGGAAGAAACUAUUAUCAGUGGACCAAACAACUGAGGAAGAGAGGUCAGAGUCUCGGCUUAGAGAGGAAAUACUAUAUUGUGUAUAUUCCACAUCGACAUGUGGCGGCCGUCUGACAGAUCUUUUUUGUAAAUAGAAAAGAAAAUGAAUUUAAAGAGGAAUUUUUACAUGUUUAUAAUAUUUUUGUUAUGUAUUGAAAAUGCACUUUUGUUUACCAUGUUGAGGGGGGAUUACAUCAGCAGGCAUUCUCAUAGAUAUGACUAAGUGGCCUACAAAACACUAUAUUCUAUCAGCUUUACAUUAGUAUCCAUCAUAUGGAGAUUAUACUCAACAGUAGUUGCAGUGAGAUUCAGCUGACCACUAAUUCAAUAUGCAUGUACGUUGGAGCCCUCUGAUGCAGUGUAAGAGCAAUGUGGCUGGGUGCAGUAAGUAGAGUACGUUUCGGAGACACUAUCAAAACCAUACUUUUUCCAUUGUCUUGGCUUGAAUAGUAUAAACAUUUCUACAUAUAUUUUGAUUUAAAAACAACUAAAUAAGUCUUAAAAUGAGCAAAAAUGGGAUUUAAAUCAGGAAAUAUCCGACUCAUGAGUAAACACGACUGCCAGCAUACUGUACUUGGUGCUACAGAUACCUUUGUGUAAUUCAACACUGACUAAUUACACAACUGUUUGUGGGUCAGUUAUUCUUUUUGUAAUAACAGGACACACUCAGAUUGCGGAAAUUAUGUGGCACCAAAUGUAUUCUAGAGAUACUGAUUGCCACAUUAUACAGAAUAUUAUCAUUUAUAGCAUCAAUUUGAAGAUUUUAGUACUUCAUUGUGUCAUUUUUGCUGCACUAGAUGUUGAUUUGAAUGUUCUCAUGGAAUUUAGACUAUAAACAUAAAACUGUUGCCUCAUGAACUUAAACCUUUUUACCUCAGUGGCAUACCAACGCAUGCAACUAGUUCACAGAAUGCAUCAUGGUCGUGUUAUGUAUUAGUAUGUUGCUCUAGGGACUGCACGAUUCAAUUAAAAGUGACAUUGCAAUUUUAAAACUUAACUGAAGCAGAGGAAGGUGCAGUUUUGUAAACUAUGUUGCCUUUUGCAAGUAAUUGUAAAAACAUUGUCAGAAUAUUAAUCUUCAGGAGAGGUACGCAAUGCGCUUGAUUAGUUGUGAUCAGAAACGGCGGUAUCGUUUACUUCUUUGAAACAAAUGAUCAAAAUUGAAUGAGGGAAAUACAUUAAUCGACUGUUGUGCUACCUUACCGACAUUAAAUUGCCUGCUAAAUUUAUCGAGGUAUUACAUUGAAAUAGUAACACUACUGAAUUUUACAUGAUGCUUAAUUUUAGAAGAGCUGUAAACCUUAAAUUUUGUCCACCCAAUUUACAAUACAUCAGUGAGAAUGGAGUAUUAGAAACACCUGUGCAUACAACUCAAUACAAUAUAACAGCAGUUCAAACUACAGGCUUCAGAGUAACCAAAAACUUAAAUCACCAUCUCUCUUAAACAGUUUAAACUCAAACUGGACAUUACAACCUUUAUGCAGGUAUUAUUUAUUGCAGGGCUGUUGUAUCACACUUCAUAACUUUUUGCUUGGUGUACCUAAUAAUCUGGACAGUAAGCCCAC